AUGGUUAGGGAUGAUGCAUCCGUCAGCAUCAAGGUGCUCCUAAAUGCCACCGCCGCACACUUUGGGUUUAGGCCGACUUACAAGAGGGUCUGGUUGGCGAAGCAGAAGGCUGUUGCUCUCAUCUAUGGUGACUGGGAUGAGUUGUACAAUGAGCUCCCAAGGUGGGUGUUAGGUGUCCGAUUGACGAUGCCUGGUACUGUUGCAGUGCUAAGGACGAGCCCUGUUCGUGUCGGUGGACAUUUGGACGAGUCUCGAGCUUACUUUCACAGACUAUUCUGGACCUUUCCACCAUGUAUCGAGGCAUUCCGUCAUUGCAAGCCCCUAGUUAGUAUUGAUGGCACCCAUCUGUAUGGCAAGUAUGGGGGAACGUUGCUUGUCGCGAUUGCACAGGACGGGAUCUCCAACAUACUCCCUGUUGCCUUCGCAUUAGUCGAGGGUGAGAAUGCUGAGUCGUGGUCCUUCUUUCUCUCCCACCUGCGUGAGCAUGUCACACCGCAGCUGGGUCUGCUGGUUAUCUCGGACAAGCAUAACGGCAUCAAGGCCGCCCUUGAGGCUCCUGACGGAGGCUGGUUACCUCCGUCUGCAUACCGGGCAUUCUGCAUUCGACAUGUUGCGGAAAAUUUCGCCCUCACCUUCAAGGGCAAAGACGCAAGGAGGCUACUUGUGAAUGCGAUGUACACUAAGACCGAGGUCGAGUUCCACUACUGGUUUGAUAUUCUUAGGUCCGAAGACCCGGCGAUGUGUGACUCGGCUAACCGGAUUGAGUAUUCCUUGUGGAUACAGCAUUGUGAUGAGGGGCGUAGAUUCAGACACAUGACGACAAAUAUAUCUGAAUGUGUGAACUCGAUCCUCAAGGGUGUCACAAACCUUCCUGUGUGCUCCCUAGUGAAGGCAACAUACGGAAGGUUGGCCGAAUUAUUUGUUCGCAAAGGGAGGGAGGCUGAGGCGCAGAUGGGAACCGGACAACAAUUUAGUCAGCACUUGGUGAAGUGUAUAGAGGCCAACUUGAAGACGGCUAGGUGCUUCACGGUUACUGUGUACGACAGGGAUAACUCCGAGUUCACCGUCGCAGAGACAACUCCGACUGGUUCUUUCUCACUGGGUACCUACAGAGUCUCGCUUGCAUCUCACACAUGUGACUGCGGAUACUUCCAGGCACUUCAUUUCCCUUGUCCCCACGCACUGGCAUGCUGUGCCUACUCACGGCUUACAUGGGAGCCUUACGUCCACCAGGUGUAUCGUCUUAGUUCGGUCUUCAGUGUGUGUCAGAUGGGUUUCACACCUCCCAUUCCAGAGGGUUUCUGGCCACCAUAUGACGGGCCGACUGUCAUCCCUGACCCCAAUAAGAGGCAUGCGAGAGAGGGUCGUCCCAGGUCCACUCGGAUACAGACUAAUAUGGACGAGGCAGAUCCAAACCGACCAAAGAGAUGUGGGCUUUGUCGACAGCCCGGCCACACAUGUCGGAGUUGCCCACAGCUCGGAGGAGCAGAGCACACACGGGAACAUGAUUAG